AUGGCACUCUCACAGCUCACCUCUCACUGCAGCUGACAGCGAGGCAGGAAAACAAGACGCUCUGACCUUUUAACAGAGGAAAUUUACUCGUCUUCCAGGGGAAGAUCUGCUGGUUUUGGACUCAGAGACAGAGGACCUCUUCAGAAUCACUUGUUGGGGAUUUUGCGAUGACAAUGCCGGUGGUCAAAGUGGAGAAAGAAUCUCCGGCGGACUCCGGGUUGCCGUCCUCUAACCCUUCUCCGCAAACGGAGGAUCAGCAGCCGCGCGGCAGGAGGAGGAAGAGACCUCUGCAGAGGGGGAAACCGCCGUACAGCUACAUCGCUCUCAUCUCCAUGGCCAUCGCCAACUCCCCCGACCGCAAGCUGACGCUGGGGGGGAUCUACAAGUUCAUCACCGAGCGGUUCCCCUUCUACAGAGACAACUCCAAGAAGUGGCAGAACUCCAUCCGCCACAACCUGACGCUGAACGACUGCUUCAUCAAGAUCCCGCGGGAACCCGGGCGACCCGGGAAGGGCAACUACUGGGCACUGGACCCCAACGCGGAGGACAUGUUUGAGAGCGGCAGCUUCCUGAGGCGCAGGAAGAGGUUCAAGCGCUGCGACCUCAGCACCUACGCCGCGUAUGUUCACGAGACGCCGGUUUUCUCCCCGGUCCAGAUCACCAGGUCAGCAGCGUACUCCGGUUCUGUGUACCCCAAUAUGGCAGUGAACCCUGCGUACGGCCAGCAGCUGCCCUCCGCCGCCUACUACCCCUCAUCAUCGCCGCCUGGGUUCGCACACAGCCAAACCCGCAUGUUUAGCAUCAAUAACAUCAUCGGACAUCCGGCGUCAGCCGGCAUGCUGGCGGGUCAGGGUGCGGAGAUGAUGCAGCAGCCGGGCCGCAGCUUCAGUCCGGAGGGGCUGCCGAACGGGUCAGCCGCCUGCAGCUUGGGAACACCGGGGUUCCAGGGUCAGCCAUGCGGGGGAGCGGUGCCGCCCCGCUCCGCAACACACCCCGGGUUCACCUACUCCGGCCCAAAUGGCCACCCGCACCACCACGCCCACCAGGGCUCCUACGGACAGGGUCACAGCCCGGGUUACGCUUCGGCAGGCAGGAUCCACGCCGCGGCCCACGGCUCUGCAGAGACAGUGGACCAUUACGGCCGGGCCUCUCCAGUGCAGCUCGGCUCCUUCUCCCAGUACAACAGCGCGGCGGCAGGUGCAGUUACCAACAGCGGGAGCUACCUGAGACACCCGUCGUAUCCAGGGACGAUGGACCGGUUUGUUCCCGCGAUCUGAGCCGUGAACCUCAACGUUGGCUCCAAUCAGAAAGUGACAUUCAAGCGCACAAACAUGACUUGUUUUCUCUGAACUGAGCAGACUGAGAUGAUAAAUGUGAUUUUUUUUCUUGCUUUUAUUUUAAAAGCCCAUCUUCUCAUUCUGUAAGUUUUCACUCAAAUGUACCUUUUUUCCCCCUUUUUUUUGUCACAAUGUGAACGGAUAAAACACCCACAAGCCUGCUGAGCUUCAAAAACAGAAUUUGUUAAGUUCAUAUAAAUUAUUGUGCUUCAUGGUUACUGGCUUUACACUAACAGGUUUGUUUUCAGAGGAUUAAUUGUAGAAAGAAAGUGUGCAUGUCACUUUUUUUGUUUUGUUUUUUUAAACAAAAAUGUAUAUUUUGUUUGCUUUUUGUAAAUAAAUUGA